AUGGUGGCAUACGACCUGGCAGAGUUGGUGGUGAUCAUUGACCUUUUCACGUUGACGCUCGGCAGGGGUGCACCAUGGUCUUUCAGAGAUGUCACCCAGUGUCAGGAAUCCGGGGAGAUCCCAGAAGUGGAGAGUACUCCUGCCAAGCAGCAGACAUCACGGAGGAGGGCGGCUGUAGUGGAACUCUUGCCGAGACGGUGUGGUAGGCCCAGAAUGGGUACUCCGAGUGACAGCAAGGCAGUAGCUGCAGCACAGCCAGGGAUUCCUGGUCUUGGUAGGCCCGGAGCUGGGGACUCCUGGAUGCAGGGAGAUUGUGUGUCCAGCACGGGACCCGGCAUUGGCAGUGAGGUGAACCCAGUGGCAAAGAGAUGGCACCUGAAAAUUGGUAACUCUGGCAUUGAUGUGUCUGGCACAGGCAGUGGAGGAGGGGUGACGGCACAGGUGUUGUUGGUAAUCUGCCUUCAGGACUCAUGGUGGAGGCGGCAGAAAGAAGGUGUGCAGACGUCCAGACUCUCAGUUUACCGGCCGCCCAGCACUGUCACCUGCGACCUAACGGUGGAAAUGGUCACAUACAAAGUCACAUUCAGGACCAGGACAAUGGAAUACGCGGGAACAAACAGAUCUGUUUGCUGCAUGCUGAUCGGAGAGUGCGGAGAAAGCCAGAAAACAAUUACAGGCAAUUGGCUGCAAGCAGACUUGGAGCGAGGAGCUGUGACCCAGUUCCUGCUGGCGGAUUAUUUGUCACUGGGACAAGAUUACUGGUUCUGCUGCUCUGUGACGGUGGUGACCCCCUCGGGAGACACUUUGGAUUUCCCCUGCUACAAGUGGCUGGACAAGUGCACCGUCCGUCUGCGGGAAGGGACAGCAAAGCGAGUCUGUGAUGACCGGUUGCCUAUAUUUAAGUCCCACCGUCAGGACGAACUGCUGGAGAGGCAGAGGCUGUAUUUUGGAUUCCUGCAUUUGAAGAAGUUUAUGAAUAUGUUUGGAGGAGAAUGGACCACUGUCGAGGACUUUGACAAAAUCUUCUGGAAAGUGAACAGCUCCAUUGCAGUCUUCACCAGGGACCACUGGAAGGAAGACUGGUUUUUUGGAUACCAGUUCCUGAACGGCUUCAACCCUGUCCUGAUCCAGAGAUGCACCAAACUCCCAGAAAACUUUUCCGUGACGGAAGCCAUGGUCAAGACAUCUCUGAGCCCCUCCACCCUGGAGCAGGAAAUGAAGGAUGGCAAAGUCUUCAUUGUGAACUACGAGAUGCUGGAGGGCAUUCCAGCCAAUGUCAUCAACGGUGUUCAGCAGUAUCUCGCGGCACCCCUCUGCCUGCUCCACCUUGACAAACAGGACCGGAUGGUGCCCAUCGCUAUCCAGCUGAAGCAGGCCCCGGGAAAAGACAAUCCCAUUUUCCUUCCCUCGGACGCAGAGCUCGACUGGAUGCUGGCCAAGAUAUGGGUGAGGAGCAGCGACGCCCAACACUUUGAGCUGGUCUCCCACCUUCUGAAGACUCACCUAAUCGCCGAGACCUUCUGCAUCGCCACCAUCCGGCAGCUGCCAUCGGUGCACCCCGUCUCCAAGCUCCUGACUCCUCAUUUGAGAUACACGAUGCACAUUAAUGUCAAAAGCCGAAUGGACCUGUUGGGGCCAGACGGACUUAUUAACAAGGCAUUUGGCAUCAGAACUGAGGGUUUCUUUGUGCUCGCUCAGAAAGAGCUUGAUUCCUUGACCUACCAGUCACUGUGCCUGCCAGACCGCAUGCAGCAGUAUGGAGUCGCAGAGCUCAAGGGCUACUACUAUAAAGAUGAUGGCCUGCUGAUAUGGUCUGCGAUUCACAAGUUUGUAGCCAACGUUGAAACAUUCUACUACCUAAAUGACCAGCAAGUCCUGGAUGACCCUGAGCUUCAGGCCUGGAUUAAGGACAUCACUGAAGUUGGCUUUCAAGGCAUUAAGAUCACCGGACUUCCGACUUUGCUCUGCAACAGGAUGGAUCUCAUCAAGUUUCUCACCUCAAUUAUCUUCACCUGCAGUGCCCAGCAUGCUGCCGUGAACGCCGGACAGUAUGAUUGGGGUGCCUGGGUCCCCAAUGCACCCAUCUCCAUGAGGAGACCUCCCCCCUCCAAAAAGGGGACCGUGACGAUGGAAUAUAUCAUGGAAUCUCUGCUGGACAUCACCCAGUCCUGCAUUCAGAUGGCUGUUUCAUAGACCCUCAGCCGUCCCCAGCCUGGAAUGAGAAAACUUGGCGACUAUGAGGAGUAUUUCACUGAGGAGGCGAUGAAGACUGUCAUCAAGAAAUUUCAGAAAGAGCUGAGGGUGAUCGAUCACAUGAUCCAGGAGCGUAAUAAGGGUCUGGAUCUGAAAUACCAAUACCUGCAGCCCUCAAACAUCGAGAACAGCAUCACCAUUUAA